GGCGGCCGUGCCGAGCUCACACCGGCCUUUCCUGCGAGGGGAGAGGGGCUGAGCAGCCGGGCUGACAUCGCCUUCCUCCUCCUCCUCCUCCUCGUUCCUCUCACCGCAAGCUGCCCUUUCGCUGGCUUCAAUGAAACUGGCAGCGAUGAUCAAGAAGAUGUGUCCCAGCGAGGCCGAGCUGAGCAUCCCCGCCAAGAACUGCUACCGCAUGGUCAUCCUGGGCUCCUCCAAGGUGGGCAAGACGGCCAUCGUCUCGCGCUUCCUCACCGGCCGCUUCGAGGAGCAAUACACCCCCACCAUCGAGGACUUCCACCGCAAGUUCUACAGCAUCCGCGGUGAAGUCUACCAGCUCGACAUCCUGGACACAUCGGGCAACCACCCCUUCCCAGCCAUGCGCCGCCUCUCCAUCCUCACAGGAGACGUGUUCAUCCUUGUCUUCAGCCUGGACAACCGGGACUCCUUUGAGGAGGUGCAGCGCCUGAAGCAGCAAAUCCUGGAGACCAAGUCGUGCCUGAAGAACAAAACCAAGGAGAACAUAGAGGUGCCCCUGGUCAUCUGUGGCAACAAGGGCGACCGGGACUUUUACCGGGAGGUGCAACCCCGGGAGAUCGAGCAGCUGGUGGGAGGGGACCCGAAAAAAUGCGCCUACUUCGAGAUCUCGGCCAAGAAGAACAGCAGCCUGGACCAGAUGUUCCAGGCACUCUUCGCUAUGGCCAAGCUACCCAGCGAGAUGAGCCCCGACCUGCACCGCAAAGUCUCGGUCCAAUACUGCGACAUCCUGCACAAGAAGGCGCUGAAAGGCAAAAAGCUGCUGAAAGAGGGGGGCCGGGGCAGCACGGAGGAGGCGUACGGCAUCGUGGCCCCCUUCGCCCGGCGACCCAGCGUCCACAGCGACCUCAUGUACAUCCGAGAGAAAGCCAUUGGCGGCGGGCACAGCAAGGAGAAGGACCGCUGUGUGAUCAGCUAGGAACCCCCGCUCGCCCCGUGACGGGAAGGAAGGAAGGAAGGAAGGAAAGAAGGGAGGGGGGAAAGAUGCUCAUUUCUGAACUGACUUUGGGCAUGCAGGAGGGUGGGCCGGUGCCCACUCGGGCAGAGAGAAGGGGAAUUUUGCCUCUUCCCCAGCCUCCCUCCUCCCGAGGGGAUCGAUUUCAUCAGCUCUCUCCCACCCCGGGGUGAAUUUUGGGAGAGAGGGAUGCGAAGGGGGAGGCUUUGGAGGGCAGGAGGGGGGUGCUGCUGGGACCCGGCUCCUCUGGGCAGAGAGACAGGGAAAGGGUGAGCUGCCAGGUGGGAAGAUGAGUGUGGAGGGCACUGACUUUGAUGUUCCUUUCCCUCCCAGACCACCCAGACUCAGGCACUGCCUUCAAGAGGGAGGGCAGAGGCCUGCCAGCACCUGCCUGGGGCUUUGGGGUUGGGGUUUGUGUUGCUUUGUGUUGUUUUUUUUUAAACUUGAGAAGCUGUGCACGGACUCUGGCUCUGUGUCGUGUGUUCAUCUGUGUCUGCAAAACACAUGCAGAAGACACUCCUAAGCUGUUGCAAAGACAUUGCAAAGUUACAGCCCCAAUGGACCAAAAACUGACUCUUGUUUACAUUUGUCUUGUCUGAUUUGCAAGAUUUGGGGAGGGUGGGGGGCGUGGGAAGGGUUUUUUAAAUAAUAAUAGGCACUUUAUGUAGGUAUUGUUUGUCAUUGACAUGAACAAAAAAUCUUCAAGUGUUUCUACCGUGGGUGAAACUUGAUGUUUUAUUUUUUCUACAAAUUAAUAAAACCUUUUUAAAACGACACCUGGGGGUUUGUCUUUGCUUCCUCACCCUGCCCCAUAGCAAAACCAAAUCUUGUUAAAGCAAGACCUGAGCCCAGCUCUGAGGUGCUAAAUAUGGCCUCUCCACUCAAUCCCUUUAUUACCCCAUUUUCUCUGACUCCCAGUGCAAAGGUUUCCAACUCUGCAAGCAGCCGAUUUCUUGCCACAUGGGGUAACGAGGGGCCAUGCACAGUUAGUUACUCAAACAGGUCACGGAGCCAGGACUCUUUCCUCACUUCGCUAAUGCCAAGUGACGAUCCUGCCAGCCCCAUGGCAUGCCAGGCAUUGGCAUGUCAUUUACUGCAGAAACCCAGCAAACUGACAUCACUUCAUUAUAAAGAGCUGAUUGUGUUUUGUGCUUUUUCCUGAUUAACUAAGCACACUUUAAUGAUGUCAACAGUGAUUCAUUUGAGUCCCGUCCGGGACAUUGUUUUUGUUUUGCAAUAUGAGUAGAGGAAGUACUUUGCUCAAAAGGUCACCUUUACAUCUGAUAUUUUUUAAUCUCUUCCUAAUAACAAGUUACAGUAACCAUUGCUAAAGUGAAGAAGGGAAAGCUCUUCCAGGAACAGCUCUCCCUGGCUCCAGCUUCUGUUUAGGUUCAUUUUCAGCCCCCGUUCCCCGCCUCAAGCGGCAGAACAAACCUACAUUUAAUACAUAUUAAUGGCAAAAAAAUUCUGUCAAAGCCACAAAACUAAGGUGGAUGAGACUGCAAACCAAACCGCUUCAGUUUCAUUUGAAACUUGGAUCCAAGUUGACAGAGUUAACUUGUUCCUGUGCUAAGUGCCAGACAUCUCUUUGGAAACAUGUUGUUUCUUCCAGCUCUGCAUAUGCCCCGAUUUCACAGGAACAGCAACUGGCAAAAAAAGGGAAACCACCAUCCAGGCAUGAAACACAAGAAUUUAUUGACCUGGGACAGGCAACGGCUGGCAGAAAGGUAAUUUCAGUAAUAAAGAGCGUACAUUGUGCUUUGUUUAUCUUGGUGUUCUGCUUUACUCAAGAGUUUACACGCUGGCACCUUUCCAGAGUACUAGUGAAGUACUCCAGCAGGGACAGAGUAAUCUCUCAGCUACAGGUGAGUGCAACUACCCCAGCUCCCAACAAGCAGAAUUACUUGCCUUUUGGUUUAGGAAAGGAAAGCCCUUCCCAAAGAGACCUUGUGUCUCUUCUUCUGAAGCCAUGCGUGCUGCCCGCCCUCAGAUGCUGGUUCACAACAGAUCCUGCAUUUCACCAGUUGUUUUUUCACCUCUUCCACUACUGACCUGCACUAUCACCCAGCAUAAUUCAGAGAACCACAAGGCUCAAGGUGCUGUCCCAUCUUCGUUAGCUGGCGAGACGCGGUGCUGCUUACCAAGGUGUCGUCUGCCACUGUAACAGCUGACAGCAGGACGGAGGGCAGAGCGCCCCGGGACCUGCCUAAGUGUGACACAUUCAAGAGCUUUCCAUCAGCUGCUGGCAAACGUUCAAGCUGCUCAAAUGUCUGUGUUUGUGGGAAGCCCCUAGAGCACUUGGAUGUGAAACUGACCCUGUUCAGCCUGACUUCAGUCAUGUAUGGAAUAACUAAAACCUCUUGUCAUUUAUGCCCUUUGUUUGGAUUCUGCUUGCCCUUCCUCUGCUUUAAAAACAAGAUGCCUAACAUACUGCCUACUAGCUACAGUCACCCAAGAAGACUUAGGUACCCAAAGCCUACUGAAAUCCACUCCCCUGGCAGUCUCUUGUUCUCCCAAAAAAGCCACAUAGAGACAGAGGAGCUGGGCCCAGGCUACGCACAUCCUCUGUGCUGCCAAAGUCCUGCCCCUGCUCAGCCCACAUCCACUCAGUGAAUACACAAGAGGGGCAGUUUGGAAUUUCUAAAUCUUUACUCAACUCAGACACAGCCAUCACUUGUUUAAAGAGAGAAAUACAAAAGUAAUUGAAAGCAAUCAUUCCUCUUUCGACACACACAGGCUGGAAAGUGCCCCAGAGACCCUUUCCAGGAGCAAGGCCAAACAGCUCAUGCUUCCCUCUAUGCUCCCUUUUGAAGUCUGGCCACUUUUAAGUGAAAAAAAUUGCAGAAAAUGCCUCCUUCUUCUUGCUGAAGUUAACCAGCAGGUACUUUGACCCUUAGCCAGGAGAAAACAUAAUGUCUCCUGCUGGCUUGAAUG